GCUGGCCGUUGGCCAGGAUAAAGCGGAACGAUCGUACAGUCAAACAAAUAAGUUCAGGUUUGUGGCCUCUUUUAGGCUCUCAAAAGUUAGUAGGUGAUGUACUGAAUGCUAGUGAUGAUCUCAAGUUUUUCCCAGCUUGCAUUAAAGAAAAGCAAUCUUUUGGGUUUCUAUCACAUAGCAAGAAAGAGCUCCACAGGAGAUGGGGUGCAUUUGGGCUCCCUGCCUUUAUCUCGAGUACAUUUUGACAGCUCCCUAGAGAGAAGGAGUGUGAUUCCUGGCACCAAUAGGCUAAUUCAAUUUUCUUCAGCUGCAAUUGCCUUGUCAGAAUAUUCAUGAGGUGGGGAAUGAGUACCGGUGCCACAGGCAUACAGUGCCGGCAGUUAGAGGAAAGGAGCAAUCAAAGACAGGACUUCUUCUGUGCUAAAGGAGUGGGUUUCUUCUUCAGAGGCAGUAAAAAAAGAAAAAAAAAAAAACCUUGUCUCUAUUCUUGUGAAGCCCUGAUCUUGUCUAUACUGUAGCAGCAGUGGCAGAGCAGGCAGUGUGCAUGUGUAUUCUCGAUUUCUUUUCUAUUUUGAUCAUUUUUCCUGCUACUUUUUUCAUUUUUGUGGGCUUACUUAUUACUUUUAUAGAGCAGUGUUUAAUACACACUGUGUAUUAUUUAACUGCUCUUUACUCUACAACUCAGCUGCUUUCUUGGAGGAUGGAGUGACGCAAACUUUUCUGAAAUCAAAAUGAUAGGAGGAAAACAAGGCAAGAAAAUUGCAGUGCAUCAGUAAAAGAGUGCAAAGAAUACUGUAUUCAAAGAAGACAUCUUCCAAAAAACCCAUCCACUAAACUACUAAGUAUUUUGCUUUAAUUACAACUUUUUCCUCUUUCAAAAAGGAGCAUUCUUCUGAACAUUCACUGCACUUUGACAUUUUCUUUCUAAAAUGACCAACAAUCAAUAUUUGAAAGCCACGUUUCUCAUGUGUACUGCAAUUCUAGCAAGUGUACUGCACACUACUAGUAAGGCCCUCACGUUGCAACCGAAUGGAGAGCAAAAAGGUCAAGUGGAAAAUGUUGACAGGGCAAUGCAUCACUUAAGGGUGAAAAGAGGCUGGGUCUGGAAUCAGUUCUUUGUUCUGGAAGAGUAUACCGGCUUGGAGCCUUUGUAUGUUGGCAAGCUUCAUUCGGACAUGGACAGAGGUGAUGGGUCUAUCAGGUACAUCCUUUCUGGAGAAGGUGCUGGCACAAUGUUCACUAUUGAUGACAACACUGGUGACAUUCAUGCAAUUCAGCGGCUGGACAGAGAAGAGAAAGCCCAGUAUGUUCUCCGUGCCCAGGCAGUGCAGAGACAGACUGGCAUGCCAUUGGAACCUGAGUCAGAGUUUAUUGUUAAAAUUCAAGACAUUAACGACAAUGAACCCCAGUUCCUGGAUGGACCUUACAGAGCAUCUGUACCUGAAAUGUCAAUGACAGGAACCUCUGUUUUACAACUGACUGCCACUGAUGCUGAUGACCCAACGUAUGGAAACAGUGCCAGGGUUGUGUAUAGCAUUAUGCAGGGUCAGCCUUACUUUUCUGUGGAGCCAAAAACAGGCAUCAUCCGAGUGUCUCUGCCCAACAUGGAUCGGGAAGCCAAAGAACAUUAUGAAUUGAUCAUUCAAGCCAAAGAUAUGGGUGGCCAGCUGGGAGGUUUGGCUGGUACCACAACUGUCAAUAUCACCCUCACUGACGUCAAUGACAAUCCUCCUAGAUUCCCACAGAAGCUUUACCAGAUGAGUGUUCCAGAGUCUGCUCCAGUUGGCUCUAUAGUUGGAAGAGUCAGAGCCAAAGACCUGGAUGUGGGAAUCAAUGCUGAGAUGCGGUACACCAUCAUUGACGGAGAUGGGAGAGACACAUUUGACAUUAACACAGACCCUACCAAUCAAGUUGGAAUUAUUACAAUAAAAAAGCCACUCGACUUUGAAAGCAAAAAGAGCUACACCUUAAAAAUAGAAGGUGCCAAUACACAUGUGGACUCAAGAUUUCUGAACAAGGGCCCUUUCAGCGAUGUAACCAUCGUACAUAUCAGUGUGGAGGACGUUGAUGAACCCCCAAAAUUUGACUCCAGCUCCUAUUAUGUUGAGGUGGCAGAAGAUGUGGAGAUUGGCACAGUCUUUCAGAUUGUAUCUGCAAAAGACCCUGAUAUAUCCAAUAAUUCAGUUAGGUAUUCUAUUGAUAGAAGCAGUGAUCGUGAAAAGUAUUUUUACAUAGAUCUCACAUCCGGAGCAUUGAUGCCUGCUAGGCCCUUGGAUCGUGAAGAAAUCUCUUGGCACAACAUUACAGUUCUUGCUGUGGAAAUGACCAAUCCAUCACAAUUUGGAACUGUGUCUGUUAUGGUUAAAGUCCUUGAUGUUAAUGACAACCCCCCAGAACUGGCAAAGUACUAUGAAGCAUUUGUUUGUGAGAAUACCAAAGCUGGGCAGCUGAUUCAGACGGUGACUGCUGUGGACUUAGAUGACCCUCUUGCAGGCCAACAUUUCUAUUAUAGCCUGGCGCCCGAGGCAGCUAACAACCCAAACUUCACCCUCAGAGACAAUCAAGACAACACUGCAUUUGUACUGACCAGGAGAGGAGGGUUCAGUCAGCAGGAACAGAGCAUCUACUACCUUCCUAUCCUCAUAUCAGAUGGAGACCAGCCCAUGCAGAGCAGCACUAGCACCCUCACGAUCAGAGUGUGUAGUUGCGAUGCAGAUGGGAAUGUUAUGUCUUGUACGGCAGAACCAUACACGCUUCCUGUAAGCCUGAGUAGAGGAGCUCUAAUUGCCAUUCUUGCCUGCAUUUUUGUGUUACUUGUGAUGAUUCUGCUUAUCCUUUCACUACGGAAUUAUAAGAAGAAACCCUACUUAACAGAUGAAGAGGAAAAUGUGCAUGAGAAUAUUGUGCGCUAUGAUGAUGAGGGUGGGGGAGAAGAGGACACAGAAGCCUUUGACAUUGCUGCCAUGUGGAACCCCAGGGAAGCUCAGCUCUCUAAGAUCAGACAGGACAUGGUGCCCGAGAUUGAAAGCCUUUCACGCUACGUUCCACAGACCUGCAUGAGAGAAAGUAAUGUUCACAGCUAUGUACUUUCCAAACUCUAUGAGGCUGACACAGACCUCUGCGCUCCCCCUUAUGAUUCAUUACAGACCUAUGCCUAUGAGGGGGAGGGGUCAGUGGCAGAUUCCCUUAGCUCUUUGCAGUCAGUCUCUACAAACAAUGACCAUGACUACGACUACCUUAGUGAAUGGGGUCCACGCUUUAAAAAGUUGGCUGAUUUGUAUGGUGUCUCAGAGGCGAAUGAUGUACUGUGGUAACCAUUUGGCCAACAACACCAGAUCUAUUCUGCAUAUUACAGAAAUUUUGCAAAUAAUAACUGUGCCCUUAUGCCUGUAGGGUGUAUAUGACUGAGAACUCAAAGAGUGGUCACAGUUGCAGUUCAAGGGGCAUUCUUCAAAAUGUCAUAUAAUUCAAAAUAAAAAAAAUGAAUAUGUGAAAACUGAGAUGUUCGGAUUUUUAACAUCAUACAAUAAAAAAAUUGGCAAGAUUCUUCAAUGGAGGACUUCGGAUCUUGUGAUAAAAAUGAGCAUGAUCGACUGGAGAGUAACGCAAUCUAAUGACGCAGUGCUCACUCAGACUAACCCUACAAAAUGGAGGAACAAGGCUCAGCAAUGUGCUGCCUAGAAAAUAAAUACAUUAUGCUUGAUAUUGCAGUUACUACUUGUAUGUCUUGGAUGGACCCUUACUUUAGGUCUGCUUAGAGAUAGACUAUAGUAGUUGUAUCCAUAUGACCAUAUCAACUUCAAAAGAAAUGCAUUUCUUUUUAUAUUUCCAUCCUGCUAGAAGGUUCCAGAAUUGAGGUGAAAUAAUUCAAUUCUGUGUAAACAAAUAGGUUUUCAUUUGAAAUGACACAAGAUUUUAAACCUUUAUGCAACUGAAUAAUCCUUUAGACAACACAUUAAAAUAUAAAGAAUGUUUUUAUAAUUUGAUUUAUUUUAACAUUUUCAUAUUUCAUUUAAAAUAUGAUAAGCAAUAUGUACUGUAUAUGUAGCUUACAAGUUCCAUUGUAGAAAACUGAACCACUUAUCACAUCCUGUGUUCAUUGGUUUAAUUUGGACUAUAAAUUGUAUACCAGACAUAAUUUAAAAAAUGUAUUCAUAUAUAUAUAUAUAUAUAUAUAUAUAUAUAUAUAUAUAUAUAUAUAUAUAU